AUGACUAACCCAGCCCUAACAACGGAACAGAAAAAGGAGCUAGCAGAUAUUGUCCACCAAAUGGUCUGCCAGGGCAAGGGAAUCCUGGUGAUAGACGAUUCCGUCUGUACUAUGAAUAAGCGGCUCGGGUGUCUUGGCAUUGAUAACAAUGAGGAGAACAGACGCCUCUUUCGCCAGCUGUUUGUGACUGCUGAUGACGAAAUACGCAACUAUGUUGGAGGAGUCAUCCUUUCCCAUGAGACAUUCUACCAAAAGUGUGAUGAUGGUCGAACCUUUCCUGAAGCCAUCAAGGCCAAAAACACUGCUGUGGGCAUCAAGUUGGAUAGGGGUGUGGUGCCCCUGGCAGGGACCAACAAUGAAACUACCACUCAAGGGCUGGAUGGACUGUCUGAGCGCUGUGCCCAGUACAAGAAGGAUGGAGCCGACUUUGCCAAAUGGCGUUGUAUCCUCAAGAUUGGGGAGCAUACCCCUUCUAGUCUUGCCAUCAUGGAAAAUGCAAAUGUUCUAGGUCGGUACGCCAGCGUUUGCCAGCAGAAUGGACUGGUACCUCUCAUCGAGCCAGACAUCCUCACUGAUGGAAACCAUAACCUAAAGCAAGCUCAGUUUAUCACCGAGAAGGUUCUGGCUUCUGUGUUCAAGGCUCUGAGUGACCACCAUAUCUUCCUCGAAGGGUCUAUUCUUCAACUCAACAUGGUACUGCCAGGCCAUGAUUGUUCCCAGAGGUAUUGCCCUGAAGACAUCGCAAUGGCAACCAUAGCAGCUCUGCGCAACACUGUGCCCCCAGCAGUACCUGCUGUUGCCUUCCUGUCUGGAGGCCAGAAUGAGGAUGAUGCCACUGUGCUCCUCAAUGCCAUCAACAAAUGUUCCCUGCCCAAAUCAUGGAUUCUGACCUUUUCUUAUGGACGACCUCUACAGUCAUCUCCUGCCAAGAUCUGGGCAGGGAAGGAGUCCCACGUCAAGCCUGCCCAGCAAGAGUACAUCAGACGGGCCAAAGCCGUCAGCCAGGCAAGUGAGGGCAAGUAUUGCCCACCCAGUAGUGGGAGGGGAAUGUCACACACCAGUGAGCAGCUCUUCAUCUCUGUCUACAUCUCUAACACUGUCUAA